GAAAACUUGCCAGUUAAAGUUAUAAGCUGCUAAAGCUGCUCACUGUCGGGAAUUGCAUACAACAGGAUUGGAACACACUGUAUUAGCACUUUGUUCCAUUAAUUUCUGAUUGCUAUCACACGGCUUCAGUGUAAGCAGUUCAUUUCUCUUUAUCCUUGUAGGAAAGUAUAGCAAAUUCUGUUUGCUGUGCACAAGAUGUUGCACACACAGGGCCUAUGAUUUUGUAGUGAUGCCUUCUGCUCGAUUUUGUGUCACUUUUAUCAUCCACCAAUCUUGGCUGGCUGAUGCUGUUGAUAGCGUGGGCGGAGUGUCGCUCGGUUCACUGACAAAGUGCACAAAAAGCAAUAGAAUCGGAAAAGGCAUAGCUACAAAAUCACGACCCAGGUUGCUGCUUGUAGCAGUGUAGCAAGCAUUACACAGUGGAUGUUUAUUUCAAAGUGAAACAACAUUGUCUCGAUAACCCGUCUGCACUGGUGCAACAGUCUGCCUACAUUGUGAAUGUGUGAGGCUCAUCUAUCACUGGUGACAGCACAACAGAAGGUGUUGCAAGGGGGAAGGCGAGGGGGGAGUAUAACGGAGUCUCUGACACCUGUGCCAGCACUGUCUUUGUCAUGUCGUCAUCACUUGUCCAACAACUCUCUCACCUGACCACAUUUCUCACCUUUUCCGCAAGUGUUCGGAAAGAACUAGGCCAUCUGGCGUCCCAAGUUUGGCGUGGCUGGAAUUGGUUGUGCUGCAAUUUUGAGCACCUGAAUUGUGGGAAAGGGCAUAGUAGAAAGGGAGGGAGCUGUGACAGCUUCUAAAAAUAAGGCUAUGGGACUAACGGCUGGAACUGUCGGGGAAUUUCCCAGUUCUGGGAGAGCUGGGAGAUUCCUGUCCUAACCUCAGCUGACAAGCUCACCAGAUGCAAAUAAUAUUUUCCUGUUGAAACCAGAAAAUCGAAAACCUUAUUUAUCAAGGACCGUAUGUGGAAUUUUUAUUCAUUGUGCCUUUGCAUUUCUGUUUUUCUUCAGUGAUUAUUCCGUACAUCCCUCCCCUUCACAGCAGAAUAUAUAAUGCUAGCCAUACCACACAGGCUGAAUGAUUUUUUUUAAUGCUCUGAAACGAAUUGUGUUAAACUUAGUAAGCAUGUUUGGCGUGUUUUUUUUUUCUUUUUCUUUUUUUGCUCACAUCCGCGGCGGUAGUUUAACGCCUAUGACGUUGCACUGCUUAAAACCGUAGAAUUUUAAUUUUCAGUUCGCGUCCCUAUGGUGAACGUUCGCCUAUCAAUUGCUGUGCUUGUGUGAACUAAAUGGCGUACACCAGCGCUUGUGCUCGCGAUGCUACGAUGGAGACAGUACGGCAGUACAGCCCACUUUGUGAUGCACAAGUAGCGGCACGAGUAUUAUUGUGACCGCGUUGACGUAAUGUUUUAUGGUGCCCAAGGCGAAAGCUUGCCUAACUAUGACGGACACCGCUUGCAAAAUGGGGGAACGUUGACGCUGCAUAAACGCAUAUGAGCGCUGUUACAUUUCAACAGCUGCCGGUUCAAAGGCUACGGGACGGAGACGGACGCACGGCGCGGGCGAGAGGGAGCCGCAGCUGAACGUUGUAGGCAUAUAACAAAAUCGACAAACGCCGCGCUCAGCUGACCGUUCUACGUUUCAUGCUGUCUCUGCUCUUUUUUUCUCUCUCUCUCUCUUUCCUUUUUCUGCCUUGUGUUUUGGUGCGCCAACUUGCCUACAGUUCCUCCUCGCAACACAAAUACAACUCCAUGUGCUUUUCGCCACACCUUCUGCCGCGAUGGAUACUCUGGCCAAUAAGCGCUAGGCCUCCGCGUACCACGUGACCUGCGCAGACCAAUCGUCGGUUGCCGUUUUCAAAUUUGGUUCCUCUUUGUCCUGGGCCUGUGCAACGAAAAUUCGCAGUGAGCUUUCGUGCGGCCGUAGAUUUUGCCUUUGCAUUGCGUUUCCCCUUAGAAAAUUGAUUGUUGGAACCAAUGUGAGCGUUUGUCAACGUCUUGGGCACACCGUUUGCGUCAAAACACGCAACAAGUAAGCUGCCGUCAUGGAGCUAUACGAGGAGGCAUUCAAGUUACAGGAGAUGAUUGAGUCAGACAUGCGCGCCGAGAUGUCGCCGUCGGGAGGUGACCUGCGUUGCGGCAUGGUCGACGACUCGCUCGAUGCCUUCGAUCCGCCCUCGGUCUGGACCACAGGCAUCUCGCUUAUCUCCGAUCUGGACGGCCUUGAGGGCCUGCUGGUUGACCCGCAGACGGGCCUGCCAUCACACCACCGUUCCUCCACAGGCUCCGGCACGCUGCAACUGAACGUCACGCUUGCGGCCGUCACCACCGCAGCCACAACAGCUCCCACCAUGCAGACCACGUCGUCUACAACGUCCUUAGACCAGCUGAGUGUGCAACCCAUGUCGUCCCCGUCGUCGCCGGACGACGACGCGGGCAUGGUGGCGUCGCUGCAAGAAAUGGCAGCAGCCGAUGAUGCCCUGGCACCUGGUUCCUACCCUAAGCCAGCCUACUCGUACUCAUGUCUCAUUGCCAUGGCACUGCGGAAUAGCAGCACAGGCAGCCUUCCUGUCAACGAGAUCUACAGCUUCAUGACGGAGAACUUCCCAUACUUUCGGACGGCACCGAGCGGGUGGAAGAACUCGGUGCGCCACAACCUGUCCCUGAACAAGUGCUUCGAGAAGAUUGAGAAGCCAGGGGCGCAGCAGCGCAAGGGCUGCCUCUGGACUUUGAACCCGGCUCGAGCGGCCAAGAUGCACGACGAGCUUCUCAAGUGGAGUCGCAAGGACCCUGCAGCCAUUCGGAGAAGCAUGGCCAACCCCGAGCGCCUCGAACUGCUCGAACGUGGCCAGUCCCUGUCCACAAAUACUACUCCUGGUGACUCUUCACUCAACAACGAUGAGGAGGGCUGACAACCCGGUCCCGUC